GGCUUCGUUUUUAGAGAAAUGCAAUCAAUUAAGAGUUUUUCAUUAAUGGAAAGAAGGGUGUAGUAAAGGGCGGGGUUGUGGUUUUCUUAGGAAAUGGGUCAUUUGGCAAACUUUCCUUCCGUUCAUUUCCAAUUUUUAUAACGGAAAAUUGGAUGAUGAUGAUGAUGAUGAUUUUUUUUUUUUUUUUUUGGCUGUAAAGGGAAAGAAUAAAAAGAAUUCCGCCAUUUUGGCGUUUUAAAAAGUAGUCAUUCUGCGGGGCUGACAGAUCAGUGACCUCCCCUACCGCCGCCGUCUAUCCUAGUCCCGUGAGGACUCGGAAGGCGGGCGGCGGGUCUGGAUCCUGAACCCCACUUCCACCCCCUAGGGCGUCCCAGCCGCGUCGGGAGUAUUCGUCUGGAGCACUAGCUCCCCCACCCGCAACACCUAGAGCGAGAGCAUUUAUGGAGCGCCUACCAGGAUGGAGGGACAUGCUAAAAUGGAGGUGCUGAGGACACUGAAGGGGCCCCCCACAGGGGAGGUCAGCGUACACCUGGUGGCCAGAGACAGCCCAGGUUCCAGCUCUCACCUGCCUACUACUGCCUUCAUCAUUCCAGCCAGCUCGGCCACCCUUGGCCUGCCCAGCAGUGCCCUGGAUGUGUCCUGCUUUCCGCGGGAGCCGAUUCAUGUGAGCGCCCCGGAGCGAGUGACCAGCAGCGAACCUGCCACGGCCACCGUUCUGCCGCAGUUAAGCGCAGGGCCGGCGACCAGCUCCAGUGCCAGCACAGUGCGGCUGCUGGAGUGGACCGAGGCCGCGGCCCCGCCUCCUGGGAGUGGCCUGCGGUUCCGGAUAAGCGAGUACGCGCCACUAAACAUGGUGGGAGCGGAGCAGCCCCCGAGCCCUGAGCUGCGGCGGGAAGGCGUGGCCGAGUACGAAGCUCGCGAGGCCCCGGCGGGAGGUGGCGAUGCGGGAACCCAACAGCCGGCGGACCUCCCACAGGACCCUCCGGAAGAUCCCCCUCUGGACCCCCCAGAGGAUGAUGGCACCUGUCAGUGCCAGGCGUGUGAGCCUCAGCAAGGCUCCGGUCCGGAUCCUGGUUCCUCCAAUGACGGCUGCCCCCAGCUGUUCCAGGAGCGGUCAGUCAUAGUGGAAAACGCCUCAGGCCAAAAUUCCUCCUGCACCAGCACUUCUGAGCUCCUCAAACCUAUGAAGAAGAGGAAGCACAGGGAAUACCAGAGCCCAUCCGAGGAGGAGUCAGAGCCAGACGCCAUGGAGAAGCAAGAAGAAGGAAAGGAUCCGGAGGGACAACCCACUGCUAGCACCCCAGAAAGUGAAGAGUGGAGCAGCAGCCAGCCUGUGUCGGGAGAAAAGAAGGAAGGCUGGUCAUGGGCGCCCUACCUCGAGGAGCAGAAGGCCAUCACUGCCCCAGUCAGCCUCUUCCAGGACUACCAGGCGGUCCCUCCUAACAAGAACGGCUUCAGACUGGGCAUGAAGUUGGAAGGCAUCGACCCUCAGCACCCGUCCAUGUACUUCAUCCUCACCGUGGCCGAGGUGUGUGGCUACCGCCUACGACUACACUUUGAUGGAUAUUCUGAGUGCCAUGACUUCUGGAUCAAUGCCAACUCCCCCGACAUUCACCCCGCUGGCUGGUUCGAGAAGACUGGACACAAGCUACAGCCCCCCAAAGGUUUCAAGGAGGAGGAGUUCAGCUGGAGCCAGUACCUGCGCAGCACGCGAGCUCAGGCUGCCCCCAAGCACCUGUUUGUGAACCAGAGCCACAGUCCCCCACCCCUGGGCUUCCAGGUGGGCAUGAAGCUGGAGGCUGUCGAUCGCAUGAACCCGUCCCUCGUCUGUGUGGCCAGUGUGACCGACGUGGUGGACAGCCGCUUCCUGGUGCACUUUGACAACUGGGACGAUACUUAUGACUACUGGUGUGAUCCCAGCAGCCCCUACAUCCAUCCAGUAGGCUGGUGCCAGAAGCAAGGAAAGCCCCUCACCCCUCCACAAGACUACCCAGACCCAGAUAGCUUCUGUUGGGAGAAAUAUCUGGAAGAGACUGGGGCCUCUGCUGUUCCCGCCUGGGCCUUCAAGGUGGCCACUGUCCCCCUGCAGCGACCCCCACACAACUUUCUGGUCAACAUGAAGCUGGAGGCCGUGGACCGCAGGAACCCAGCACUGAUUCGUGUGGCCAGUGUGGAGGAUGUGGAGGACCAUCGGAUAAAGCUCCACUUUGAUGGCUGGAGUCAUGCCUAUGACUUCUGGAUUGAUGCCGACCACCCCGACAUCCACCCCGCUGGCUGGUGCUCCAAGACAGGGCAUCCCCUGCAGCCUCCUCUUCGACCUAGAGAGCCCAGCUCUGCCUCUCCUGGGGGCUGUCCCCCUCUCAGCUAUCGGAGCCUGCCUCACUCUAAGACCUCCAAGUACAGCUUCCAUCACCGGAAGUGCCCCACUCCUGGUUGUGAUGGCUCUGGCCAUGUCACAGGCAAGUUCACAGCUCACCAUUGCCUCUCAGGCUGCCCGCUGGCUGAGAGGAACCAGAGCCGACUGAAGGCGGAGCUGUCCGACACAGAGGCCUCGGCCCGUAAGAGGAACCUCUCAGGCUUCUCCCUAAGGAAGAAGCCUCGCCAUCAUGGCCGGUGCGGAGGGCAAGGGUGCAGGACCUCGUGUCCUCUUGGGCCAGGCCAAGCGCUGAUUCCCUGCCAUGGACCUGGUCCCUCUCUCUCCAGGAUUGGACGCCCUCCAAAGUAUCGGAAGAUCCCGCAAGAAGACUUCCCGACACUAACGACCGAUGUCAUGCACCAGUCUCUCUUCAUGUCAGCCCUGUCGGCCCACCCUGACCGCUCACUCUCAGUGUGCUGGGAGCAGCACUGCAAGCUCCUGCCAGGGGUGGCGGGCAUCUCAGCCUCCACGGUCGCCAAGUGGACCAUCGAUGAGGUCUUCGGCUUCGUUCAGACCCUGACAGGUUGUGAGGACCAAGCACGACUCUUCAAAGAUGAGGUAAGUAAGGUGCAAAUGCAGAGUGGGGACGGAGAAGGGUCCCUCACCGAGAUGGCAAGAAGCAGGUGCCCUCACCAGCGCUGCCACCAGCUAGGGAGGGCCCUCUAUUGUCCUAGCUGGGUGAGACUAGUCAGUGACCACGUCUCUGGGAAAAAUUCUAGUGUGGACCGUGCUCAGACCGUCCUCAGGAAGGAAAAAGGCAUCCUGGAGACCAGAUUCCAUUCACUCCUCCACUCUCUGCCCAGUCUUUUGUUUUCCAAACUUAGCUUCACCAGUGACGGUCAAUAUAUUAAAGUGUAUUUUGAAUGGCACAGGUAUUACCAUUUACUCCAAGGAUCCUAAUGUACACUUAAAACAAGACCCCAAAGCUUGCUAAAGGCAAGAAGCAGUGAGUUGUAGGUGAAAGAACACUAGCUCUGCAGACAGAUUGGGUUUGAAUCCCAGUCCCUCCAAUUCGAGCUCUUUACUGCCCCUGAGCCUGCAUCUUCUUUUCUGUAAAACGGAGAUAAAAUGGGUACAAUGAUGACAACCUUUCGGGGCCAUUGUGAGCACUGGAAACGAUGAAUGGAUCAUUGUACCAGAAUGUCUAGUAUAAUUAUACCACUAGUAUAUAUGUUACAAUAUCACAGAGUAAUAUAUUUUAUUCUAUGUUAAUAUCCUAUAUAUAACAUAGAGUAACGUAGAAAUCACAUCAUUAUACCAGAUUGACUGAUACAGUGGGGGAGCAAUCAAUGGUACUUCUGACUUUUAAUAUGUAGUUGUCCUUAUAUGAAGCACUUUGUCAUGACUCUCCUAAUUUGUAGAAUUUGAAACUGGAAGGGACCUUUGAGUUUGUUUAGCUCUUCCUUCCAAAGAAUACCACCCCCACCAUCACCUAGGAAAGUGUUGUUUCUGCUCCCCGUAGGUGCCCCCUCCACGUAGAUGCUCAUGAGAAAGAAGUCUGCCCCCUUUCUCCGGAAGAAUCUCCUUAUCCAGGCCCAACACAGCCAGUUUUCCAUCAGACCCUUAUGUGGCGGUGUCCCCUCACUGCCCUCCCCCCUGCUCUGGGUGCUUGCCCUGCCUUCUGGAUGGGUGAUCUUUUCAUAGUGCGUGUGUCCAGGGCCGUGCCCCGUGUUUCAGAUGCCCUCCGACCGACACGGAACACGCUCGGCUGCUGCUCCCCGAGGUGGUUUCUGUUUCUGUUUUUAAAGACUUUUUUUUUUGUAAUUUUAAAGCAGGUUUAGAUUCACAUUAGAAAAUUGAGAGGAAGGUACAGAAAUCCCCCGUGUGCUCCCUGCCUCACACAUGCACAGCCUCCCCCAUUAUCGAAGUCACUCACCAGAGCGGGACGUUUGUUAUCCCUGAUGAACCGACAUCUUGAUGUUUCUAAGUGGAGAUAAUAUAUACGCAGAGCAAAAUGCACCCACCUUAAAAGUUCACGUCCACAGGUUUUGGGAAAGGUACGCACCCUGAGCCCAGAACGUUGAUCAAAGUAUAAAACAUUUUCUUCAUACCCAAAAGUUCUUUCUCAGCCCCUUUCGCCAGUCCCCACCCUCACAGGUAACCAGUGUUCUAAUUUCUGGCAUCACAGGUUAGUUCUGCCUACUUUUGUACUUCAUAUAAAUAUAGCACAUUCUCAGUUUUUGUCUGUCUCUUUUCAUUCAAUGUAUUGUUUUUGAGGUUCAUUCAUGUUAUUGUGUAUAUCAGUAGUUUUGGUUUUUUUUUUCAUUUUUAUUGCUGAGUAGUGCUCUAUUUUAUCAGUAUCCCACAGUUAAUGGGCAUUUGGGUAGUUUCUCUUCCAUUUGAACCCUAUAUUUUUGUUAGCAAAAACUUAAAAUUGCACUAGCUUUAUUAUAGCCACAUCACACCAUUUUGUGGUUCAUGCAAGUUUCCAGGUGCCUUUUAUAUCAACUAUCCAUUAUAAUCUAACCAAUUUUCCAGUGCGUUACUUGUACCACUGUUUUUUUUUUUUUUAAUUAACCUAAUGUAAAACUUUACAUUUCUCCCUAUUAAAUGUUAUCUUGUUGGUU